CACAAUGAUGCUUGCGAUCAUGCUAAAAUCAAUUACAAUGAAACCGUAAACUGUUCAAUCAAAUUCGAUGAGCUAGCCCACAUUGAGCUGACAUUUCUGCGUCAGAAUGUUCGAGGCAAUUCAACGACCUGUGCUCGAAUUAGCCGAAAACUUGCAGGGCGCGCUGCUGUACCUUGACGCGGGUGCUGGGGAGAUCGCUCAGACCACGCUCGGGCUUCCAUUCCUUUUUGGACUAGGUGUAUCUAAUGUCUGCUCGCUGGAGCUGGCUAGCGCCGAUGACGCGGCGCUGCCUACUCUGGCUGCGGGGCAGCCCCCCUCCCGCCUCGCUGUGUUCACCACACAGCUUUUGACCGACGCACACCCCUCCAUCUUGCGCGCGGUGCUGGUGCAUCCCACCGUCACGUCCGUGGUCGUUUACUGCUCGGUGUCGGAGCACGCACACGCUUGCCAGGCCGCCACCGAUUUGGGAGUGGAGGCUUACCGGGAGUACUCGGACCUCAUGCACCGGGAGGUAUUCAGGCUCAGGCAACAGCAGCUGCAGCAGCAACAGCAACAACAGCAACAGCAAAGCGCAGGCGGCGCGGCGGGAGCCAGCGCGGGUGGCGCAACUCAGGGGGAUGCGGCGGCAGCUGCACGGGCGGCGCUGUCAGUGGCGGCGCGGGUGCAGUUCCUGCCGCUGCUGGCAGUGUGUGUGGACUCUGCCGCGUUCGUGUUCCCGGCGGCCAGCUCGGCGGCACGAUGUGCUGUGACGGGCACAGUGGCUGCGGGCUACGGCCCGGCGGACGCCGCCGCGGAGGCGGCCGCGGGCGAGGGCGCCUCGGGCGGUCUAUCGCUGACUGCGCACGCGCUGCUGGCGCUGGCGGCGGCGCUGGGCGUGUCACGGCCGGAGCUGUUCCCACUGGGGCCGGUCAGCGCGGCACUGGCCUCGGAGCUGAGCACGCUGCCCUCCAUUUCCAUCCCCUCCGCCGCCGCCGCCGCCGCCGCCUCCUCCACCGCUUCUGGGCCGCCCUCGCUGGCGCUGGUGCUGGUGGACCGGGCUCUGGACCUGGCGGCCCCGGCGGCGCACAGCGAGCAGCCCUGGGACCUGCUGCUGGCGGGCUGUGCGGCGCAGCAGGUCUCGGCGGCGGUCGCUGCGGCUGGGGCCGCAUCGUCCUCGUCACCAGCGCGCACAGGGAGCGGGCCGCAGCAAGGGCGGUGGCGCGCCGGGCCGCAGGCGCUGUGGCGGCCGGUGGACUUGCGGGUGGCGCUGCCGGACGCGGCGAUACCUGUCCCUGGGGAGCUGGAUUGGGGGCCCCCGCAGCCCCCCACCGCCUCUGCACGGGACGGGCUGCCGCCGGGGCUGCAGCCUCAAGACACGCGGCACCUGCCGUACGCACAGCUGUCGUACCGGCCGUACGGCGCCGAGCUGCUGGACCCCACCGACCGCACCGCCCUGUCGCGUGUGGAGGUGGUGGGCAGCCGGGCGCGCGGCGGGCGGCGCGAGGCGCUGGCGGCGCUGCGGCGCGCGCUCAAGGAGGCGCUGCGGGCGGAGCGGCUGCAGCCCAGCGUGCGGAGCAAGGCGGGCGCGGUGCAGGCCCCGGAGCUGAAGGCCCUGGCGGAGUCGCUUCUGGCGUCACCAGCGGCCUGCGUGAAGCAGCGAGGCGUGGCGGCGCUGGGGCUGGCGGUGGCGGAGGCGCUGCUGGGUCCGGGCGCGGCGGAGUGGGAGGCGGCGGCGGGGCUGGAGCGCAGCUGUCUGGCGGCGCUGGCGGGCGGGGCGGGCGGCGGCGAGGCGGCGGCUCAGGUGCUGCUGGAUGCGCUGGAGGUGGCCAAGGCGGGCCACGGCCUGCUGCACGCGGGCCACGUGUUGGAGGUGCUGCCCGCCGUGUUCAGCGCCGCGCCCGACUCCCACCCCGCCGCCGCGGCCCUCGAGGGCGGCGGCGGCGGCGACGGCGGGCCGCAGCCGCUGCCGCCACAGGGCCUGCCGGACUGCCCCUUCCCGCCCGCCGCCGCCGCGGCGGUGCGGAGCGCGCUGGCGGAUGCGGUGCUGGCGGCGGCGCGGCCGGAGGCGCAACUAGGAGGGCGGCUGCCGGCGGCGCUGGUGGCGGCGCUGGCGGCGCGGUGGCGAAGGCUGGAUGGCGGGGUCGACCCCACCUCUGCCGCCGCCUCCGCCGCCUCCGCCGCCUCCGCCUUCGCCCAGUCGGAGUCGGGUGUGCGUCAGGGAGUGGCGGCGGCGCUGGAUGCGCUGUUCUGGCGGCUGCAGUACGCGGCGGCGGCGCGAGGGCGGCUGAGGGACUUCCGCAAGAUCACGCACAUUGACGUGUUUGCUGAAAACCACGGCGCUGUGAACCCGCUGCUAUGUCAGGUGGUUCGCAAGAUGCUGCAGCGCGCCGAAAUCACGGACUGGCAGCUUCAGCCCAACAGUGGCGGCGGCAGUGGCCUGGUGCGGGGUCUGUUGGGCGGUCUGAUGGGCGCGUCGCGGGCGCUGGUGGCGGCGGGCGGCGGCGGCGGGCUGGCGGGCGGCGGCGGCGGCGGCCACGUGCGCCACCCGGCCGACUGCGGCACGGUGGUGGUGUUCGUGGUGGGCGGCGUGAGCCCCGCGGAGCUGAGGGAGGUCCGCGCGCUUGUGGACGAGCACGUGGGCCCCGACAAGCCGCGGGUGCUGGUGGGCGGAACCAGCCUAGUGCUGCCACAGGACGUGGCGUUACAGCUGUCCGGCGGCUUGCUGCAGUAGCGCUAGCCAGUGGAGCGUGCGGGUCAAGGACCUACCAGCGGCGAUAGACCCAAAACAAAGGCCCUGCAAGCUGCUGGAGCAUUCGUGCCAGUCAGCUAAGGGGGGAGGUCUGGGCACGCAAUGAUACGAGCAGCGAUGCAAGUCAGAUCCGGGGUAGGGGUCGUGGCAAGCAUGAGUGCAAGCAGUGAGGGGCAGGAUGUGGCCGCUGUGAUAUGAGCUGGCCGUUCAUGCACGGUGCGGGAGGGCUUGAAAGGCUGCUCUUGGUCGUAAACAAAUCGCUGGCCUUCCUCCAGGAUACCGA